AUCUGAGGAGGCUUAAUUUUAGCCGAUUUUAUACAUUUGUCAUGGAGAAAGAUGACACCAUGAUUGCUGCAGCUCCCAUUAGGUUUUAUGGCAAAGACAUUGCCGAAAUGCCUUUCUUUGCCACAGAUGAGGCAUUCAGAGGCAAAGGAUUUUGCCGUUUAUUUAUCGGGCUAAUUGAACAGUUUCUUCUGAAUCUCAAAGUUAAACAGUGGAUUAUUUCAUCUACUCGAGAGAGCCUUGAAAUGUGGAAGGAAAAAUUCAACUUCGAUGCGAUUAUCGACAGAGGAUUGAAGAGGAAAGUCGCUUCAUGCAACAUGUUGGUAUUGCCACAGGUUAUAAGAUUACACAAAAAGAUAUAUGAUGUUCAAGACUUGAACAUGGCGCAGAUACCUGAAGAGUAACCAUAAUGGAUCCUCUUGGUGGAAGGACCUUCUUAAUAUUGAGAAAAUAGUAGUCUCUGCUGGCACUGUUUCUGCUUUUGCAGGCAAUACUGUUAGCGUUUUGGGAGAUGGCAGCCAGAUUCCGUUCUGGCCGGCAGUUUGGACGGGUUCUGGGGAGAUUUCUUGGCAUCAACACAGUUGCGGGUUCUAGUUUGCAUGAAAGGGUGGAGGAGCUGAAGAAGGAAGGACAUCGCCAGAACAUUUGGCAGGUUACACCGUCAAAUCGGGUUAUGAUAUUUUGAAGGAAGGACAUCACCGGAAAAUUGGUGCUUCAAUAGUUUAAGGACCCUUAUACUUGUCUAGUUUAAGGUUUUGUUGUUUUGGAUUCUCUCCCUUCUUGGGGUUUUUCCUGGCCUGCUUUGUAAUCGGGCUAGAGUACCCGUACUCUUUUAAUAAAUUCCUU